AUGGCUCUCGGCGAUCGGGGUUAUCUCUCAAUCGCGGAGCUCAUCGUCUACGUACCAGCCUCCGUAUUUGCCUUCACCGUCUGCUCGCGCCAUGGGUGGCACAGGGCCUCGGGGUGGCUCUACACCCUCAUCCUCUGCGUCGUGCGCAUUACAGGAGCCAUCUGCCAACUCGUGACGUACAGCGAUGAUUCGGAGGGGCUUCUGCGCGCAACGCUCAUCAUCGACUCGAUUGGCUUAUCUCCGCUUCUCUUUGCUACCUUGGGCAUGCUCUCGAGACUUGUCGACAACAUCAAUUCCAAGGGCGCCAGCCCGUUCAGCGCGAAUCAUUUCCGGCUUGCUCACAUCCUCAUCAUGUUGGCUCUCAUUCUCAGCAUCGUCGGCGGCACGAGCGGAUCCUCUUCGGGGAGCGGCCAAAUCGAGCCCGCGGCCACGGCCAAGGCCGGCAUUGCUCUCUACUUUGUCGCCUUUGCGGGCCUGACUGCGAUUCUGGUCCUGACAUAUGGGUAUCGGACGUCGGUACCCGUCCAAGAACGCCGUAUACCGCUCGCCGUGGCUAUCGCGUGGCCAUUCAUCCUGGCACGGCUCGUAUACUCGGCACUUGCCACCUUUGUCCACAAUCACCUCUUCUCCGUCGUUUCAGGCAGUGUUGCCGUGCACGCUGGUAUGGCUGUCGCAGAGGAAUUUGUGGUCGUCGUCAUUUAUUUAGUCUUGGGAUUUAGCCUAAGGAAGAUGGCGGGCGAGGGCCAUGAGGAGCUCGCCAGCCGCCCGUGGAAGUUACGCCAGGGCGGCAGACGCCGCCGAGACUAA